AUGUCUAAAAUCAAGGCAAGUGAGGAGUAGUCAGAAUUAGAGAUAGAAGCUAAUGAAACACUUAAAAAGCUUGAUACUAGAUCAGGAUUGGUAGAUAUUUAUCUUGGCAACUAGGCUGAUGAGGAAUACAAUCCAGCUAACCCUAAUGAUUUUGAAAAGAUUAUUGGUAAAGCAAAAGCACUGAAGAAGGAAUUAGCUGCAAGAGUUGAAAGAGAAAGGAUAUUGAAGAAAUAGAUUGAAAUUUAGCAGUAGUAGUUACUUAACAAGGGUAAAUUGUAAGAUGAGGAAGAAGAAGAUUAUACUGAAAUGACUGCAGAGGAAGCUUACCAAGCAAGACUGAGAAAAUCUUAAGGACAUUUAGAAAAUUAAGAUGCUCCGCAAGGUUCAAAUAGAUCAGAUAAUAAAAUUAAGAAAAUGAUGGAAGCGAUGGGAUGGAAAGGUAAGGGACUUGGAAAGUAGGAGCAAGGUAUCCUAAAUCCAUUAGUCCCAAAGCUUACUGAUGGAAAUGCAGCGAUUAUUGAAGAAAGUGCAAUAGGUUUAGAUAUAAUGAUGAAAAAUGAAGAUCGUAAUCCAGCUAUUCAGAAUUAGCAAUUUAUACCGGUCCAAUUGCCGCAAAUAAGAUCCAAGGUUCUAUUAUUCAGAGACUUAGUAGGAAUUGAAGAAGUAGAUGAAGAUCUUAGAGAAGAAGUUAAAUUUGAAUGUGAAAAAUAUGGAGAAGUAUUGACAUGCUUAGUUCAUUCAGUCCCAAGUGAACAAUUGGUCAAGGUAUUUGUUGAAUAUAGAUUUUAAGUGGAGGCAGAUAAUGCUUAUAUGGAUUUCAAAAUCAGAGAGUUUAAUAAUAAACUUAUUGAUGUUGAUUUUUAUGGAGAAGACUUGCUCAGAUAAAGAUAAUUUAAUCACUAGUCACUCAACAUGUGA